GACGACCAAAGAUGAUUGCUAUAGGACUGGAGGGAAGUGCAAACAAGAUAGGAAUCGGUGUGAUAUCGCACCCAGCGCCGAACAAACCCCCCAUUAUCCUCGCGAAUCUACGGCACACCUAUGUUUCCCCACCUGGUGAGGGCUUUCUGCCAAAGGACACUGCGAUACAUCACCGAGCAUGGGUCGUGAGGCUGAUCAAGCAAGCGGUGCGACAGGCUGGUGUGAAGGUUGAAGACAUCGAUUGCAUAUGCUAUACCAAGGGCCCGGGAAUGGGUGCGCCAUUGCAGAGCGUUGCGCUGGCGGCAAGAACAAUAAGCCUACUCUGGGGCAAGCCCAUGGUGGGCGUGAACCAUUGCGUUGGACACAUCGAGAUGGGCCGCUCAAUAACACGCGCCGACAACCCCGUGGUUCUCUAUGUCUCCGGCGGUAAUACACAAGUCAUCGCAUAUUCGGCCCAGCGCUACCGCAUCUUUGGCGAGACCCUAGACAUUGCCAUAGGCAACUGCAUAGAUCGAUUUGCUAGGACACUCAUGAUACCCAACGACCCCUUCCCGGGCUACAACGUAGAGCAACUGGCCAAAAAAGGAAAAAAUCUAAUCGACCUGCCAUACGGAGUCAAGGGCAUGGAUGCAAGUUUCUCUGGAAUAUUAGCCGCAGCAGAUCUCCUCGCACGUGGACUGGACGAGUCAUUACCGGACGAGAAACGACUAAAGACAGAAGAUGGAGAGCUAGUAACAAAAGCAGAUAUGUGUUUCUCUCUUCAAGAAACAAUUUUUGCCAUGCUUGUGGAAAUCACAGAGCGCGCCAUGGCGCAUGUUGGUUCGCAGCAAGUGCUCGUGGUAGGCGGUGUUGGCUCAAACCUGCGCCUACAGCAGAUGAUGGGCAUAAUGGCAAGGGACCGGGGAGGCAACGUGUUUGCCACGGAUGAAAUGUUCUGCAUUGAUAAUGGCAUUAUGAUUGCGCAUGCAGGCCUGCUGGAGUACGGAACGAGUGUUACAACAAAGCUGAGCGAUACGACAUGUACGCAACGGUUCAGGACAGAUGAAGUGUAUGUUGGAUGGAGGACUGACUGAGAGACGCUCUUUCCGAUAUGAU